AAUAAACAAACCAACCCCCUAUCCCUUCCCUUCCCUUCCUUUUUAAAUUUUAAUCCCACGCCCUUCAUUUUCUGCCAUAAAGAACCCUAGCAAAACCCUAAUCCCUAAUCCUCAAAGAUCUCCAAAUCCCACAUUCCCCAUCACAAAAUGGCCAAAAAGAAAGCGACCCAUCAACCCAAAGACGCCACUAAUCAAGAAGAAGAAGCAACCCAGCAGACCCAGAACCACAACAACAACACCACCGCCGCCUCCAUGGGCGACGUGUUGUCGGAGAAGCUCGCCAACCUCAAGUCGCUGAACUCUCUGCUUCUCAAGGAGACCCUCGAUCGGAGGCAGCAGGUGGAGGCUCUGGUCAAGGCCCAGAAGGGUUUGGAGUCUGAGCUGAGUAAGCUGGGAAUGGAGAAGAAGCUCAUGGAGGUUGAGUUGGUGGAGAAGAGUGACGAGGGGUUUGGUGUCGAGUUGGAGAAGAGUGUUUUCGGGGUUUUCGUGGCGGCCCAGAUGGCUGAAAUGCUGAGAGAGAAGGCUGAGAUUGAGAGGGUGAAGAGGGAAACAGAGGAGGAGGUUGAGGUUUUGAGGAGGGAGGUGGAUGAGCUUGUGGGGACUCUUGAAAAUGAGAAGGGUAAGCUGAGCCGGGUGUGUUGGGAGAGAGAUGUGGUGAAGGGGGAUUUCGAUGGCCUUGCUCUGGAGGCGAAUGGGUUGAGGUUGAAGGUGGUGGAGAUGGAGAGGAGAGAGAGGUGUGUGGAGGAUGAAGUGGAGAAGGUGAAGUCGCAAUGCCGAGGGUUGGUGGAGGAGAAAUGUGACAAGGACAGAGUGGUUGAGGCGAUGAUGAGGGAGAGGGAUUUGGCGGAGAGGAAGCGUGGUGAGUUGGAGAGUGUGAUUGCGGAUUUGAAGAGGGAGAUUGGGAGGAUUGUGAGGGAGAAGAAUGAGAUUGAUAAGGCGAAGAUUGGGCAGGAAGUGAUGGUUUCUAAGUUGGAGAAAGAGGUCGGGCAAUUGAAUAAGGUUGGAUUGCGUUUGAGGACGGAGAACGAGGGGUUGCAGAAGAAGGUUUCGGAGCUGGAGGAGAGUGUGGGUGAGGCUGCGGCGAAGGAAAGGGAGAUGGAGACGGAGAUCAAGGCCUUGGUGGAAGAGAAGAAGGAGAAGGAGGAUAGAGUUGAGAGGUUGAAUGAGGAAGUGAAAUCGCAGAAGGCAAUUUUGGAUAUGGUCACUGAGGAAUUGGAGAACAAGGAGCAGAGAAUCAAGGAAAUAACUCAAAAGAAGAAUCAGAUUGAGGAGGCAAAGGCCAAUCGAGAUAGUGAAGUUGCUGAGCUGAGUAGACAAGUCGGUGAGCAAAGUGAUGUUAUAUUUACUCUGCGAAAAUCGUGCAAUGAGAAAGAAGAGAAGAAUGCACGGUUGGUUUCUGAAGUUUGUCAAUAUAAAGAUGCUGUUGAGCGUGUUAAGCAAGAGAGGGCUGAGCUUCAGAAAAGUUUGGCUGAGCAGAAAAAGAUAGUGGAAGAUUUGAAGCUGAUUGUUUCCGAAAGGGAGAAGAAGGUUAAAGAAAUAGAGCAAUUGUUGGGGAAGCUGAGGACUGAGAGCGAUGACAUUACUGAGAAGAAUAAAGUGAUGGAGAGCCACUUAGAAUCAUUGGCAAAGGAAAAGGAUGUUGUGCAGAAGAGCCUUUCUGAUGCUCAGCGGGAUAUUCAUGAUUGGAAGGUUAAAUAUGAAUCGGCAGGGAGGACCUCGAAACAAGCAUUGACUAUGUUGAAGAACACUGCAGCAUUCCUAGCUUCUCAAUCUGAAGGGAAGAAGGAAGUGGCUAUAAAGGAGAAGAACCUUGGAGAAGAAGUUCAACCAUAUGCAGCGGAGUUGGAUAUCGUACAGAGUGCUUUCAGAAACAAUGAGAAGAUGAUUGAAGACUUGAAGCAACAACUGGAGUCUGUGCGCUCUGUGGCUCAGGCACAGAAGAGGAAGAGUUUCUGGACUUUGGUGUCAUCGGCAACAACAAUAAUUGCUGCAGCAUCUGUUGCAUAUGCUGCUAAAGGUCGCUGAGUGGCUCACUUGGUGUGUCAAUUUUGUUAUAACAACUACCUUGCUUUCUUGUCCAAGGUUUACUUGACGACACCAUGGAUAUCAUGUUUGUCCUUUUUGAACUCUGAUCGAGAUAAUAAAUGUGCAUUUCUCUUACAA